GAGGACGCUCAGAGCCCAGCUCUCGAGAGUUCAAGCAUCCGACGGUUCCCCACUGCUCCCAGGAGCGGUUACCCGGGCACUCUGUGCCCCUCAUUCCUUUUUGGGCCAAGGCCGAGGACCUGCGAGUAGGCCUCAGUUGCCUGGAGCCCCUUCAGCCCAUCCCCCAGUUCACUUUGCUUGUGGGAUCUCCCCGUUGCUCCUGCCCCUGGACUGAGUGGCAGGCCAUCCUACAAGCACCCGGACACUCGACAUCAGUGGCAUCAAGACAACUCUAAGAAGCUUUUCCCUGAUCCUGCAAGACCUGUGUUCCAUCCUGGUGAUUCUGCCUUCAAUUUCACUGCACAGGUACCACAGUAAGCCAGUGCUGUGUGCUCCAAGUUCCAGGAAAUCCCCCAGCUCAGCCACUACACUGAGCACAAGGACUCCGUGGGGCCCAGGAGCAGGUAGUCACCCCUUUGGGGUCCACAACACUCAGCUGUGCCCAGACUUGUGUCCAGGGAAGAUAGUGUUGAGGGCCCUCAAGGAGAGUGGGACAGGGAUGCCUGAGCAGGACAAGGACCCCAGAGUCCAAGAAAAUCCUGAUGAUCAGAGAACGGUCCCCGAGGUCACCGGGGAUGCACGGUCUGCAUUUCGGCCCCUGCGGGACAAUGGAGGCCUCUCUCCCUUUAUGCUCAGGCCCAGGCCUCAGCAGACAGACCUCCAUGCCCAGAGCUCACAAAUCAGAUAUAAUCAGACAUCCCAGACCUCCUGGAGGAGCUCGAGCAACAAACGAAAUGCCAUCUCCAGCUCCUACAGCUCCACGGGAGGCUUGCCGGGGCUAAAGCAGAGGAGGGGGCCAGCCUCAUCCCGCUGCCAGCUGACCCUCAGUUACCCAAAGAAAGUGAGUGAGGACAGGCCUCAGGCUGUCUCUUCGGGUCACACACGGUGUGAGAAGGUGGCAGAUACAGCACCAGGGCAGACACUCGCCCCAAGGGGUGGCUCCCCCAGAUCCCAGGACUCUAGGCCCCGUAGACGCAAGAUUCCCCUGCUGCCACGCAGGCGAGGGGAGCCUUUGAUGCUGCCACCUCCCUUAGAGCUGGGGUAUCGGGUCAUGGCUGAAGACUUGCACCUGGAAAAAGAGGCGGCAUUUCAGCGAAUCAACAGUGCACCGCACGUUGAGGACAAGGCCAUCUCGGACUGCAGACCCUCACGGCCUUCCCACACUUUGUCCUCACUUGCAACAGGGGCUUCGGGUGGGCCUCCCGUUUCUAAAGCACCCACUAUGGAUGCACAGCAGGACAGACCCAAGUCCCAAGACUGCCUGGGCCUAGUGGCCCCCCUAGCAUCUGCUGCAGAGGUCCCCUCUACAGCGCCCGUGUCUGGGAAGAAGCACAGACCAGGAGGACCCCUGUUCUCCUCCUCAGAUCCCCUUCCUGCCACCUCUACCCACUACGGGGACUCAGCCCAGGUCACCUCGCUGAUUUCUGCCCCCUUCACAGCUGCAAGCAGGGAUGCCGGCAUGAGAAGAACAAGGCCUGGCACGUCGGCUCCUGCAGCUGCCGCAGCAGCCCCUCCCCCCUCCACAUGGAUCGCCAGGGUGAGGUUACUAAAUGCAGUGGAUGGAAGCCCCUCAUAUUUCUGGGCCUCAGCCACAGCUGCAGCAGGUGCCCGGAGGUCAGAAGUGAGAUAUAAGCAGAGAUCCCAGACCUCCCGGACCAGAUCGUGCCGCAAACGAAAUGCCAGCUCGAGCUCCCACAGCUCUACGGAAGGCCUCCCGGAACUAACGCGGAGGAGGGGGCCAGCCUCAUCCCGCUGCCAGCUGGCACACAGUUCCUCAAAGACAGUGAUUGAGGACGGACCUCAGGAUGUCUCUUCGGGUCACAACCGCUAUGAAAAGAAGGCAGAUACAGCACCAGGGCAGACACUCGCCCCAAGGGGUGGCUCCCCCAGAUCCCAGGCCUCUAGGCCCCGCAUCGACAGUGCACCGCACGUUGAGGACAAGGCCAUCUCGGACUGCAGACCCUCACGGCCUUCCCACACUUUGUCCUCACUUGCAACAGGGGCUUCGGGUGGGCCUCCCGUUUCUAAAGCAUCCACUAUGGAUGCACAGCAGGACAGACCCAAGUCCCAAGACUGCCUGGGCCUAGUGGCCCCCCUAGCAUCUGCUGCAGAGGUCCCCUCUACAGCUCCCGUGUCUGGGAAGAAGCACAGACCAGCAGGACCCCUGUUCUCCUCCUCAGAUCCCCUUCCUGCCACCUCUUCCCACUCCCGGGACUCAGCCCAGGUCACCUCGCUGAUUCCUGCCCCCUUCACACCUGCAAGCAGGGAUGCCGGCAUGAGAAGAAUGUUUUGUGUUCGAAAUUGUUUGAGGGGUUUGGGUUUAUUUUUGUUGGUUUUUUUUUGUUUGUUUUUUGCUUACAUGGGCAUCCUUCAGCUUUUAAUAAUCUGAAAAAUUCUAUUUACCCAUUGUCAAUGUGUAUAAAUUAAUCUGAGUCAAUUUUAUACAAUAAGACGUGAACUUUUAUGCAUGAAACAAUAACUUAACAAAAAAUGUACCGGAAGAAGAAUGUUCAUUACAAAUAUAGGAAACAUAAAUAUUACCCAAUAUUGGCAAGCACUAAAAUGUUCAGAAAUAUAAGUCUAUUACAGUUAUAGCUCUCUCAAGCAAAAAAAUAGCAGAGAAAAACUUAGUUUACCUUAGGGGCUAUUUAUUUACUUAGAGAUUUGUUAAAAGGUCAAAUGGGGUCACACUGAAUACGAAGAAGAGCUGUUCACCCAGGCCUCACUAAGAACUCUUCUUCAUUCGGUAGCUAUAUAGUAAUAUGACAACUGCUCCUACGACCCAAAGAGGAACUACAGCAACUACUCUUUAGCAUCUGUUGCUCCCAACUCUGCUUUCCAAUUAUAUGACUCAAGCAUUCUGGCUCCGUUAACUAUUACUGCUGUUACUCCCAAUUAAACUCCCUCUAAAAAAUAAAGAUUUUUAAAG